GGGAGCGCGCGGGAGAACGAGUCGGGGCUGCUAUUGGCCGCCGUGAGGGCGGGAAGGCGGGCUCUCCUCGAUUGCGCACGCGCGGUGCAGCCGUAGCUGCUACUGUUGGCUUCUGGCGUCUGCCGAGCGGCUUCGGCUUCAGCGGCGGUGGGAGGAUGCGUUGGCUUCCAGGGCCGGUCCCGUGCUGGGUGCGGGUGGGGCUGGCGGUGGCGGCGGUGGCGGUGGUGAUCCAGGCGCUGCGCAGCUGGGCCUCCCUCUCCUCCUCCCGCCGCUUCGAGUUCGACCCCGAGGAGAUCGCCCGCAUCGCCAAGCACCACGCCGGGCUGGACCACGAGCUGGCCUUUUCCAAGAUCAUUGUGGAAUUGCGCAAGAAGCACCCAGGGCACAUCCUGCCAGAUGAGGACUUGCAGUGGGUGUUUAUCAAUGCCGGAGGCUGGAUGGGUUCCAUGUGCCUGCUUCAUGCUUCCUUCUCUGAGUACGUCCUGCUCUUUGGCACAGCUGUUGACACAGGGGGACACUCGGGUCGAUACUGGGCUGAUAUCUAUGAUACAGUCAUCUCUGGGACUUUCCGUCAGUGGAAAGAAGGAACAACCAAAAGUGAGAUCUACUACCCAGGAGACACCAUUAUUCAUUGGUCCGGAGAGGCCACAUCAGUGCAGUGGAGUGCCGGCACAUGGAUGGUGGAGUAUGGCCGUGGCUUCAUCCCCUCGACACUUGCCUUUGCCCUCGCUGACACGAUCUUCAGCACUCAGGACUUCCUCACCUUCUUCUACACUGUGCGUGUUUACAUGAAGGGGCUGCUUCUGGAGGCCAGCGCCUAUUUCAGCAACUCGAGCCAGUGAGCACUUGCUCCUUGGCUCCAUCCCAGUCGUCCACCGUGAAAUUGAAGAGCUCCUCUCUCCUUGGCUGUGUCAUGUAGUAGAGAGCAUGGCACAGGUCAUGUGCUCACAGAUGCCCACACACACAAGGUUGGGAGCAUUGUAUGCAUUUCAGCAAACACAGAGAGGGAUCUAACAGCAGUAAGAGAGGACCCAAUAUUGCUAUCUUUUAAUACCUGAAUGUUUUUCUCGUGUAUUUUCUCAUGCCUCCUGGAAAUAUGGGGGCCAAGCAUUCAGGGUGUCUUGGGGCCCUACAUAGAAGAGAAAGAGAGAGAGGCUGUUGUGUUGCCUUCUAGGUAUGACUGAGCUGCCUUACAAUGCGAACCACCAAGCUCUAUCAAGGGUGGUGUGCUUCACACUCACCCUGGCCUCCCCAGAAAUUAAUGAAGGUUGAGCAGCAGCUGUGCAUGGGGGACUCUGAGCCCUUACAGUAUAUUUGCACUACUGUUUAACACAGACAAUAAAAGACUCACUUUCCCCCCCUUCCAGCUGCAUCUGGACUUCCUACUAUUCCUAGGUCCAUAGGUGGGGUAAUCAACCUUUACAACCCUAUGUGAAGAAGCAAUGUCCCAAUCGCACAUUACAUGUUGGAGUUCUGUUCUCAAGGAGUAGCUUAUAUUGUGUCCUGUUCCCUGGGAAGAUCCCAUCCCUUUGUGUGUGGGUAAUCAGCAAGCCUGUCCUGCUGCCUCUGAAGGCAGUAGGUAAGGUUUACAGGUUGUGCCUCUCUUGGCCAUCACUGAGUUGGGAAAUGCUGUUGGACCGGUACCUGCUGUGUGGGGCAGUUAGCUCUUGGUCUGUGUUUGUAACAUGAUUUUCUCUGUAUGUUUUAAUGCCCACAGGGCCAGUGACUAGGAAGGUGUUUCCUUCCACCCCAUCCUCAAAAUGGGUUGCACAUUCUCAGAGGACCUCAUCCAGUUUGAUCCUGUAAUAAUACGGAGAGCCACCAUUUGUCGCCUUAACUUAGAGCCUCACUCUGGGGGCCUUUUCAGCUAUGCACGCUUGUAUAGAUAUAGGUAUACCCCUUAUUAUUGGUGUUUGCAGCGGGAUGCCAAGUGGCCAUUGUCCCCAGAGCCAGUUUUUGGUUCAGCCCUGGGGUGACAGUAGUAGUUGCCCAACUUGGGCAAGCUUGGCCCAAGCCCUGUCCUCCUUUCUUUCUUUUUCCUUCCACAGUUCCUGAUAGGGCUGAGCCCAAAGGUAGCAUUUUCAGACUUGGAAUUCAGAGGAGGCAUGGCCAGACCCAGGAACGAGUUCGUGGCAAUGGCAAAAUUGGGUGAAAAGAGUGGUUGGACUAGGUGGGGGCAUUUCUCCCCCCCCUCCUUUUUUUUUUCUUGCCAUUGCUUUUUUUACAAAGGCAGAAUUCUUUUUUCCCCCACUGCCAAAUGACCACUUCCAUUUCUUCCCUGCACCCCAGAAUGCCCUGGAAAAAACAUUGUUCCAGGAUAGUUGGGGUGGGGGAGAGAAAGAACUGUCAGCCUCAAGAGACGGGGGAGAGAGUUCUGCUACUGCCUGCUAGUACCCCCCCCCGCCCCAUGUCUUCUUCUAUCUCACUGCCUCUACCCAAAUCUCCAACCCCCCCAAUGGGACCAUGAAAUGGGGGGGUGUCCCACCUGCCAUUCCUAAGGAUCUGAUGGGUCAUAUCUCUCUGCCCUCGUUGCUUCCUCUUGGCACUUAACGCCUGUCUUCUUCUCCUUCUGGCUGCUGCAGAAACCUCCUCCCUCCCUCAUCAACCGUGUGAUUUGGUGGCGGGGUCUUACCCCCAGAGGUGGCGGCUGCAGGCGCUGUCCCCGCCAGCCCAGUUCACUCCCUGUCAGCAUCCGCACUCAGCCCCCACCUCCGUCAUUCCCAGCUGUCAUCCCUCCCUCCUGGUUUUUCACUUGGGACACUGUUGCAACUGGGGCACAUUUCUUCCUUGGUCCCUUCGCUUUUUUUUCUGAGGGGUCCAUGCAAGGGCAAAUAGGGAGCAGUUCCCUGGCUUGGCUUCCGCAUUAGCGCUGGGUCGUUCAUGGCCUUAAUGGAGCCGUCAUUCUUGUUCAGCAGGGAAGAGUCCCGGUAGAAUCUGGGCGUUCAAGUGGCUGCGUUCCUAGGCUCCCCAGCCACACUGCACUCGCGUGGGAAGGUAGUCGUGCAGAUAACGUGGACCACGCUGCUCUUGCAAGUUACUCCUUGUGGCCGUGUUGAGUGGUAGGUGUGCAGUGCAAUGAAACGCAUCAGAACCCGUCCUACAAGGAGGAGCUGUGUAGAUGUGCCUUUGGAAGGACCCUUCCAGGUGCUCUACCAUUAUGUGCACUGGGUAUAAUUUGGUCUAAAAAAAACUUGGAGCAAGGGACUAAUUAGCCUAAUGAUUAUAGCCAAUUAGCAAAAUUCAAAACCUGGAAGAGCAACUAGUUUCCCCUGUUCUGCCACCCCCUCCCCCCGCAACUUCCCCUGGGACUGACCAUUUCUUUAUUUGGGUCACAAUGCAGUGAUGGUUGUAGACUGCUGACCUUUCCCUGGUUUCUGCUAGCCCCUCUCGUUGGGGCAGCCCUAUGGGCUGACAUUAGCCCCUUGCUGUAGGUGACUGGAGAAUUUGCUGUAUCUUGAGGGCAGUAGCCUUGUAACCAUCAGUCAAACAUGUAGCAUGUUGUCUGGUUUCUGUCUCCCAGUUACUGCAACUGUGUCUCAGUUACACAUCUGAUCUUGGUGUUUGUUUGCCAACCAGUGUUUGAAAAUAAAUCAGUAAGUAUGAUUAUUAUACUUUGACAAAAGAAGAAUAUAAUGAACCAUGGGUAAACUCA